AUGCCCGGGGAGCAGGAGAGGUUCCCUUCGGAUUCACGUGGACAUACACUCCUCUACCGCAAGGGUGACGCUUCGGGAGUGCCAGAGGAAGUCGUGGGUUUGGUGGACGCAUUUGAACAAGCCCCCUCCGCAAGAGGUGCCUUGACUGUCCUGGAAGUCUACAGGGCCAAUGUCCCUGACGAUUUGAAGAGCUCAUGGGAGACAGAGAAGAGAAAACUGGAGGACCGAAAUUUGAAUCCAGACUUUCCAAAACCUGACUGGCAAGAUCGUGAGCCCAGCAAUGGCAUAGAUGAAGAAACCAAGCAAUGCCUACGCAGAGAACGUGAAGAAGUUGCCUGGCAGCUGCUCACAAUGUCUCAGAAACAUGAAGGAGGUGCGCGAAGCUGCCGUGUAUACCAUGGGUGUCCUACUCCAAAAGUUGUCGAAAGUAUUUGCAGGACAGGCUUCGCAGGAAAUGUGCAGAAGACGAAGGGUUGGUUCGGAGAAGGGCUGUACUCGACAUUGAAUGCGCCCUAUGCUUUGCGCUAUGGGCUGGGCAUGAGAGACUUCUGGGAGAAGCCAGGUAAAGAGGGCUGGGUGAUUGCGGCCAAACUAGUGUAUUUUCACGUAUAUCCCGUCACAGAAGCAGAUAACAGCACUCCACUGGAACCCGGUCUUAAAGGUAAACGAAUUGGUCGUGCAGAUGGGGCUUGUGGCUGCGACUGUCAAUUUGUUUGUGUCCGUGGACAUCCUCCCUUCGGCGAGCACAAGAACCGAACCUACCAUGCGUGCGAACAUGGUCAGAGGCCAGAAGCCACAGAGAUCGUAGUGAACCAAGAGGCUCGGAUUUUGCCGGAGUACCUCAUCAAAGUUCAGGUCACAGGCGACGUGGGCUUGUGCCAGAAGAUCCAAAUGGCGUCUGAACACUGGGGGCGACACAGUCGCGCGUCUGUUGCGAGCGGCCCUUCAGACGGUGGCUCCACCACGGCGCAAAAUCAAAAAGGCAUACAGUACGACCAGAAAUUGAUGCAGCUGGUGAAGAAGGCGCUGGGAAGAGCACCUACUGAGACUGCUGAGGCUGAGACUGCUGAGAAUGCUGAGACUACUGCGACUACGGAAACUACUGAUGUGGGAGAUAUUCACUAUAGGCUGCCCAAACACCAAGAUGAUGGCUGGGUUACGACAGUGUAUGUAGGUGUAUUAGGUCGCGAUGUCGAGGGAGACCCGCAGCCGCGAAAAAAAGCGGCAAGGCAAUCGGCCGCCCAAAAAGCCUGUGCGAUUCUCAGGCCCCCUUAA